CUUUCUCUUUCUUGGUCUCUCUCUCUUUUCGUACCUCUCUAUUUCCCUGUUUUGUCUGUCUCUUGCUCUCUCUUUCUCUAUUUUCUCUCUGACUCUUGCUCUCUCUCGCUCACUCUCUCUUACUCUGUUUCCCUCUCUUCUCUCUCACCCUGCCCCUCUGUCUUUCCGUCCCUCCCGUUCUCUCCUCAGUGUUCUCACUUCUUCCAUCUGUUUUUUUGUCUCUCUGUGCUUUCCCCCUGUUUCUCUCUCUCUCUCUCUCUCUCUCACGCUGUGUGUGUUUUCUUUUUCUUUUUUGGAGAGGGGGUUCUGACACUGCUUUUUUUGCCAAAAAACAAAAAUCCCCCUCCAAAAAAAAGAGACACCCCGUUCCUCCAGUGAGUGUUGGCUGAGAGUGUGUGUCUGUGCUCUCAGCACGCGUGUGCACGGGUGUAUGUGUGUGUGCGUGUGCUUGAACGAGCAAGCUAUCAAGCAAGCAAGCGCAAGCCUGUUCCAUCGUGUGUGAGUGAGUGAGUGAGUGAGUGCGCCUGCAAGAGUGCCCGUGUGUGUAUGUGCGUUUGUGUGUGUGCGAGAACGGGGCGAGCGAGUCUCUGAGUGUGUGAGUGAGCGAGUGAGUGAGUGAGUGAGCGAGUGAGCAAGCAAACGCGUGGUACAUGGAGCGGCUCUCUAGUCUCUGCUAACAGCGCCCGGUAGCCGGCCGACCGUCCUCUUCCGAGUGCGCAUCACACAGGGGUAAUCAGGACGCCCCAGCCCCGCCAGAGACCAUGGCACAGCCUUACCCCUCCGCCCAGUUUGCGCCCCCCCAGAAUGGCAUCCCGGCCGAGUACACGGCAGCGCACCCCCACCCCCACCCGGCCCCCGACUACCCCGGCCAGAGCGCGGUGGGUGGGGAGCACGCCCUCAACCUCUACCCCCCAGCACAGACGCACAGCGAACAGAGCGGCGGCCCCGACGCCAGCGUACAGACGGUCUCUGGCACCGCCACACAGACAGACGACGCAGCACAGACAGACAGCCAGCAACAGACGCAGUCAUCGGAAAACACGGAAAACAAGACACAGCCCAAGAGGCUGCACGUUUCCAACAUCCCCUUCAGGUUCAGAGAUCCAGACCUCAGGCAAAUGUUUGGCCAAUUUGGUAAAAUCUUAGAUGUUGAGAUCAUUUUUAAUGAGCGGGGCUCCAAGGGGUUUGGUUUCGUAACUUUCGAAAGUAGUGCAGAUGCGGACAGGGCGAGGGACAAAUUACAUGGCACCGUGGUAGAAGGCCGUAAAAUAGAGGUUAACAAUGCAACGGCUCGAGUAAUGACAAAUAAGAAGACAGUUAACCCCUAUGCAAAUGGAUGGAAGCUGAAUCCAGUUGUGGGUGCGGUCUACAGUCCAGAAUUCUAUGCAGCAGCAGUGCCAGGUUUCCCCUACCCAGCGGCCACGGCGGCAGCAGCCUAUCGGGGAGCCCACUUAAGGGGACGAGGCCGCACCGUCUACAACACGUUCAGGGCAGCCGCGCCACCCCCACACAUCCCCGCCUACGGAGGCGUUGUAUACCAGGAUGGCUUCUAUGGUGCCGAUAUUUAUGGUGGCUAUGCAGCCUACAGAUAUGCCCAGCCAGCAACUGCCACUGCGGCUGCCUACAGUGACAGUUACGGACGAGUUUAUGCUGCCGACCCCUACAACCACACACUUGCUCCAGCAGCCACAUACAGCGUUGGUGCCAUGAAUGCAUUUGCACCCCUGACUGAUGCAAAGACCAGGAGCCAUGCCGAUGACGUGGGCCUGGUCCUUUCUUCACUGCAGGCUAGUAUAUAUCGGGGCGGAUACAGUCGUUUCGCACCAUACUAAAAAAUAAAUGUUUAAAAAAAAUUACUCAAAAAGAAAAAGAAAAAAAAACAAAAGAGAAAAAAAGACUAAAUAAUCUAUUCAAAAACACUAUGAGAAUCUUCCUUCCUUCCCGUGGGGGCAGAGAGAGCAUAACUAAGAGGCCUGGGUAUUGCAGUACAUAUGCUGUAGUGCAUCGUUUUAGCAUCUCUUAAGAGAGAAGGAAAAAACGGAUAUUUUUCAUCUUAUACCUCAGAUAUUUUGUGCUGUGUAUUUUAAUAUUGUGGGUUUUUAAUUUCUAAAGAUUACAUAGAUUGUUGGCUGUAGAGGUUUCUGUGGUGAUCUAGAAAGCUGCUAGAUUUUAAAAAAGAAGUUAAAAAUGAAUUAAACAAAAGUGAGAAUACAAAUUGUUAGGGCUUUAUCAUGUAAAUGAAAUAUGUAUGAUAAAUAUUAAGUCACUUGGGGUUAUCAUAUUUUGUAAGAGUGUAAGUGACUACAGUAGUCAAGUGUUUUCGUUUUGUUUUGUUAUUUUUCUCUCUGGCUUUUGUUGACAUCGCUUUUGUUUCCUUCUAAUUUCUGGUUUCUUUACUGUAGGGGGAUGGGAGGGUGUCAGGGGCAGUGUUGCCAGAUUGGGCGGUUACCCGCCCAAUUGGGCUACUUUGGAUCACCGUCUGCGGGUAAAAACAGGAAAAAUUGGCCAUUUGGCGUUUUUUUCUGCAGUUUUGUGCCCAUAGAAAUCAUUUUGGCGGUUUUUGAUAACAUUUUGGGCGGGAUUUGAUCAGACACAUCUGGCAACACUGGUCAGGGGUGUGGUUUGGGGAGGGUCCAUGGGUGCGGUGCGGUGUGGUGUGGUGAGAUACAUAGAAGUCUCUAGAAGGAGAUAGAGAACUGUAGAUGUCCAUGCAGAGAGCUGGGAUGUAGUUUCAUAAACGCUAGGAAAGACAGACAGACAGACUGACAGACAGACAGGCAGCCAAGGAUAGGGGCCAGCUACAUAUAUAAGCUGUCUUAUAACAUUCAUUAGUCUAUGCCAAAGGUUAUGUUCCUGGGGUGUUACAUGUGUAUAUUCAGAUUUUACAUAGAGACAAGUAGAAAUAAAAAAGUAAAAAAAAAAAACUCCCUGAAAAAAAAAUCACCAUGACAGUAUUUUACUGGUUAAGUAUACUCUAGGCCAUAGGUCAAACCCCUUCUAGUUUUAGGCCAACCACGAAAUCUUCUUUUUAUAUUACUUCCAGUAUAUUGAUUGAUAUAAUUGCUGACUUUUAUAUUAUGGGAGAGAUUAAAAAAGAAUAAUAAUAAAUACGGUGACAAUAGCACCGUUUCUAUUUUUUCUUUUCUUUUUUUUUCAAAAGUAUUGAAAACUAUGAUUAUUUGUACCAGAUGAAAGUGAAAAAAACAACAGUGUGUUAAAUAUGAGCUGUGCAGUGCAGAUGUUCUCUUAUACGAAUACACAACUGUAAAAUGUUUUAGAUUUAGUGUAGUAGACCAACUGUUAGAGAAAGGUGUCUCAUUUUUUAUGGAACCAUACUCAGAUUUAUAUCAACACUUUACAAGUAAUGCAAUCAUUAUGUAGAUAUGAUCAUAGUAUUUUUGUCAACUCUACUAUUUUGCACAUACAACCUGCAAUUUUUCAUCGCUUCUCAGCUUGUGGAACAUUACGUUGAACUGUUUUUGCUUUUCCCCCCUUUUUUCAGCCUCGUUUAAAUGUUUAGUUUUGAUAUCAUUUAUAAUGUGACAUCCUUUGUAAUAUUAUUUUCUAGAACACAGCCUUUACACUUUGAAAACUGUUUGAUUAUCGAGACAAAUGAGAACUAUAUGACUUGUGAAAAAAAAGAUAUCUAUAUGUAAAUAUGAAAACAUGAUAAAUCUGUCAUUUAAAAAGUGCUACACAAACAAGCUGACAAUAUGUCCUUGAACUGUUGAGGCUUGGCUGUGCGUAGGCAACACACUUCCUUCAUGGUGUUUACAAGUAUGCCCAAUUAGAGGUGUUUGUCACAUAUCUCAUUUUCCUUUUUCUUUUUUGUUUUUGUAUUUAUAAAAAAAGUUUAAAACCAUUAAAAUAACAAAGAUCAUGCAGCUUCAAUUUAUCCAGCUGCGAUAUCCUCUUGUGUACUGUGUGUUCUACAUCACACAAACUCGGCAAAAAUAUCUUACCCACUGCUGUGACUCUACUAUACAAUUUCUGCUUUAAAUAUGUGUUGUGAACAGGCCUUCUCCUUGUCAUUGUAUGUGCAUGAACUUUGAGCCGCUUAACAAUAACCAUCAAUAAAGUUUCAAGUUUCAAGAUA